AAACCUAAGAGGGAAGAGCAGGGAGGAUAUAUUGGUUGUCAGGAAAAUGUAGACUACCGGUAGAAAAUGACAUCCUCUGUUAAUAAGAUCUAAGGUCUGAGUGUGUGGUUCAGUGCUCUGGGAAGUGUCUGGACAGAGAAUCAGAGCUGGACAAGGCAGCCUUGAUCUGAGUGAGCUAACUGGCACCAUGAAAAUAUCAGGUGUCUCUCUGCUCCUCUCUCUGGCUCUUUUCUGCUUUCUUUCAGGUGACUUCAGUCAAGGAGGACAGGACAAAAGAGGCUGGAUCACAAGAUCAGAGGGCCAAUUGCCAAGAAAAGGUGUCUUAAGGAGGUGUCUCUUUCAUGUUGACUGCAGCGAGUUCCAGGACCCCAAUGUGUUCUGCACUCGAGAAUCGAAUCCCCACUGUGGCUCUGAUGGCCAGACAUAUGGCAACAGAUGUGCCUUCUGUAAGGCAGUGGUGAAAAGUGGUGGGAAGAUCAGCCUAAAGCAUUAUGGAAAAUGCUGAAUUAGAGCCCGUGUUUUGUGCUGACUUGCCUUGUCUCUCAUUUUUCUUUUCUUGUUUCUGCUUUUACUUUUCUCUUGCAGAUCUCUUAAAUUUAUAAAGACAUCUUCUACUCUGGGUCUUGGGCAGUUCAGUAUAUAUUUCCCUUGAUUCAUUCGUCAAUAAAGUAAAUUCUGAAGAAGUAUUGCUUGUAUUUUUUUACUUUGAGAUCAAGAAAACAUACAGAUAUGAUAUGGAAUAAUUCACCCAGAAUAAACUUGGAUAAAAAGACCUUUUUCUGAUCUAA